AUGGGGCAGAAGCAGGUCGGGUCAGUGACCUCAGCGGAGAGGGGGACCCUGGUCACAGUUGCCCUGGCAGGCAAUGCUCAGGGCGACCUUGUUCCGCCAUUUUUCAUCUUCCCCCGUAAGCGGUUCAAAGACCACUUCCUGAGGGGUGGACCCGUUGGCUGUGCUGGCAGCGGCAACCCAACUGGCUGGAUGAAGGAGCCAGACUUCCUCCUGUACCUGGCCCACUUCACCAGUCACACCCGUGUGUCCAAGGAGUCGAAGCUGCUCCUCCUGCUGGACAAUCACACGUCCCACCUGUCAAUUGCAGCAAUUGAUUACUGCAGAGCCAAUGGCAUAGUGCUGCUGUCAUUCCCUCCCCACUGCACCCACAGGUUGCAGCCAAUGGACAUUAGUGUCUUCGGCCCCCUUAAGGGGUACGUAAACAGUGCGGCGGACAGGUGGAUGAGGAGCCACCCAGGGAUAAACAUCUCAAUUUAUGAUGUGCCCUCCAUCGUUGCUGAAGCCUUACCAAAGGCUGCAACAGUGAACAACAUCACCUCCGGGUUCUCAAGUCCAGGGAUCUGGCCUUUUAACCCCUCUGCAUUUGAGGAAAAGGACUUCGCCGGAGCCUAUUCGACAGACCGUCCUCCUCCCCAGGCUUCGGGUGACGAGGUCAGCGCUUCUCCAGGUGCCACUUCAGGCAUGGAUGUACCUGAUCGAGCUGCCGGGCCUGACGAAGCUGUCCAGCCUGAGGGAGAGGCCGUUGAAUUCAGCCCGGACAUCGUCCGGCCUUACCCUAAGGCCGGACCUAGAAAGAUCACAAAGAGAAGAGGGAGAAAGAGGACAACUGCUAUACUUACGGACACCCCGGUGAGGGCUGCUUUAGAGGCGGAAAAACAGGGAACUGUGAAGCAGCGUCGUCCCGCCAAGCAGCCUCCCUCCUCUCGGGCUCCCAAGAAGAGGCUCUUCUCGCCCGCUCCUGAAGCCGCCCCCCUUGCUGGAGUCACCCCUGGUGCCACCUCAGCUGCUCCUCCCACCAUCACCUGGCCCGCUGAUGGAGUCAGCCCCACCUUAGGCCUAGUUUGUCCUGUUCCGGAGGCAGCAGAGUUCACCACCAUUGCUGCCUCUACAUCUCCAAUUUAUUUAGGCCUAUCCAGCGAGGACGUCAGCUGCCUCGUGUGCUGCGAGCUCUUCAGCGCCUCGAUGUCUGGGGAAGAGUGGGUCCAGUGUGUAUUUUGCUAUAAGUGGUCGCAUGAGGCUUGCACCGACGGGAGUGCACACUACCUGUGUCACCUGUGUGACAAAGAAUAAAAAUAUUCAGCCUACUAUACUGUCCAUGUGUCUUCACUAGUUUGCAGUGGAAAUACUGUAAAUGUAGGCCUACAGCACAAUUCACUUAACAUUAUAGACUGAUUAACUAACUAACUAACUAUGAGGCCUGGGUUAGGCUAUGAGUGGGAGCUUGGCUAUUAAAUAUUUUGCAGGGUAGGCCUACUUUUCGUCCAUCAUGGUAACGCAUCAAAAAUAACAAUGGCUACAUUAAAUUAUGACAAUAAUAAUUUA